AUGCCGUCCAUGGAGCCCCACGUAGGUCCCAGGGUCCCACUCCAAUCUGGACUCUGUUUGGGGGUUGACUGCCAUGCUGACCACCCAGCACUAGUGCUGAUGCUCUUUGCCAGUGUGCUAGUGAUGUGCCUUGAGGCUACUAAACUCAUUGUGGGAUUCCAGGCCCCCUGGGAUAUCUCCCAUCCAUUCAGUGUGCAAAGGCUGGGUGCUGGCCUCACAAUUGCCCUGGACAAGGUCAACUCUGAGCUGCUAGACCUUGGAAACUUCAGCUGGGAGUUCACUUACACCAACUCAGCCUGCAGUGCCAAGGAGUCUCUUGCUAUUUUUAUCAAUCAGGUCCAGAGACAACAGAUUUCUGCCCUGUUUGGACCAGCAUGCCCAGAAGAAGCAGAGGUUAUUGGUUUGCUGGCCUCUGAGUGGAACAUCCCCAUGUUUGACUUUGUUGGACAAAUGGCAAAACUGGAGAACCACUUCCUAUACGACACUUGUGUGAGACUUGUGCCGCCUCAGCAGGAAAUUGGUGACGUGCUCCAGCAGACUCUCCAGCACCUGGGCUGGAGACACAUUGGGAUGUUUGGAGGCCACUCUGGGGCUGCAUUCCGGGAUGGAGUGGAUGAGUUAUGGAGGGUUGUAGAGAACAAACUCAAAUCCAAUUUCACAAUCACUACCAGGAUGAGGUACACCAGCAAUAACCCGGCCCUCCUUCAAGAGGCUCUUAGGAACAUGUCAUCACUCACCAGGGUUAUCAUCUUAAUCUGCAGUUCAGAGGAUGCAAGAAUUAUUUUGAUGGCUGCAGAGAACCUGGGCCUCCCUACAGGAGAAUUUGUCUUCAUCAUUUUGCAGCCCCUGGAGGACAGUUUUUGGAAGGAGAUAUUGGUGAAUCAGAAGGUGACACACUUCCCAAAAGUCUACGAGUCAGUGUAUCUUGUAGCCCUCAGCUCCUACGGAGAAGGCCCAGGAGACAAAGGUUUUUGGAAAGAAGUCUACCGAAGGCUCAGGAGGCCGCCCUUCCAAAGUUCCCUUUCCUCCGAAGCGCAGGUGAGCCCCUACUCCGCCUACCUCCACGAUGCCGUCUUGCUCUACACUUGGACAGUGAGGGAGAUGGUGAAGGCUGGGAGAGAUUUCCGGGAUGGGCGCCGGCUGGUCAACGUAUGGAAAGGCUCCGGGCAGAGCACGUGGCGGGGAAUCACCGGCCCUGUGUUUGUAGACUCCCAGGGACAAAGGCUCAUGGAUUACUCAGUCUAUGCCCUACAGAAAUUUGGAAAUGGCUCUCUUUUCCUCCCUUUCCUGCGUUAUGACAGCCAUCAGAAAGUAAUCAGACCCACAGGGAAUUUCUCCAACAUGACUUGGCCCGGUGGCUCCCUUCUUGAAGACAGUCCUGGCUGUGGAUUUUAUGAGUUCUGCCAAACAGGGUGGACUUUGACCAGAUCUUUAGCUGCAAUCCUGGCUGUUCUCACUAGAUGCCUGCAGCCACCUGCUAGUCUGAACAUCGAGGAAUGUUUCCAGAGACUGCCUGUUUUCCCUAGUAUAUCCACCACGAUUCUCAUCAUCAUGCUUCUCAUUACUGUCUUCGGAGCUGCCAUCGUGGGUCUGGUUUUAAGGCCACAAUGGCGAAAACUAUGGAGGCAGCAGAAAACUGUCUGGUGGCAAAUCCAUUGUGACAGCAUCAUCCUUCUUCCCCAGAACAAGCCCAAGAAUAGCACAAGGCCUGGGAGAGCCCACCAGGAGUUGCUUUCAGGGGAGGUCGUGCUCAUGGAGGUGUCUGCGUGGAGAGACAGGUACCCUGCAGAUGCAGGGACUAAGGGCGUCAGCAUCAGAGAGGAGAGAAGCACACCUGUGUGGAAAGGGAACAACAGCCAGCCCUCUAGUGUGAUGUUUUCUGCGGACCUCAGCUCCAUUGCCAAGAGCCAGCAAGGAGAAGGACUCUUUUAUGCCCCCGUGGGGCUUUACCAGGGAAACCAUGUGGCCAUCCGCUUUGUUGGAGAACAAGCAGGAGCCUGGAUCAGGAAGCCCACUGUACUGCAGGAAAUCCGGCUGAUGUGUGGAUUGAGGCACGAAAACAUUGUUCCCUUCUUUGGGAUUUGCACAGAACCACCCAACAUCUGCAUUGUCACGCAGUAUUGCAAAAAAGGAAGUCUUAAGGAUGUUCUAAGAAACUCAGAUCCUGACAUGGAUUGGAUCUUCAAACUUUCAUUUGCAUAUGACAUAGUCAAUGGCAUGCUGUUCCUCCACAGGAGCCCCCUGGGGUCCCAUGGCAACCUGAAACCUUCCAACUGCCUGGUGGACGGCCGCAUGCAGGUGAAGCUGUCGGGAUUUGGGCUGUGGGAGCUCAAGUACGGCCAGACACACAGAACCUAUACUGAGAAGACCACCAACCCCUCGGAGCUCUACUGGACGGCCCCGGAGCUGCUGCGGCUCCAGGAGGAGCCCCGGUCGGGCACCCCGCAGGGAGACGUGUACAGCUUUGCGGUUCUGCUGAGAGACCUCAUUCACCACCAGGACCAGGGGCCCUUCGACGACCGCCAGGAGGCCCCGGAAGUGAUCAUUGCCCGAAUCAAAGACCCCGUGCCAGCGGCCCCGCUGCGACCUUCCCUGUGUGAAGACAAAGGAGAUGGCAAGAUCGUGGCCCUGGUGAAGGCCUGCUGGGACGAGUCUCCGGAGAGAAGGCCCACCUUCCCCAGCAUCAGGGGCACCCUGCGCGCAGCCAGUCCCAAGGGCCGCGUGAGCAUCCUGGACAGCAUGCUGAACAAGCUGGAAGUGUACGCUGAGCACCUGGAAGAGGUGGUGGGCGAGAGGACCAGCCAGCUGCUGGCAGAGAAGAGGAAGGUGGAGAGGCUUCUGUCCACAAUGUUGCCCAGCUUCGUUGGGGAACAACUCAUAGCAGGAAAAUCUGUGGAACCAGAACAUUUUGAGUCUGUGACAAUCUUUUUCUCUGACAUCGUUGGAUUCACAAAAUUGUGUUCUGUCAGCUCCCCCUUGCAAGUUGUCAGGUUCCUCAAUGACCUGUACAGUUUAUUCGACCACAUCAUUGGGAUGUAUGAUGUGUACAAGGUUGAAACGAUUGGAGAUGCAUACAUGGUGGCUAGUGGGCUUCCCAAGCGCAAUGGCACCCGACACGUGGACGAGAUCGCCACCAUGGCCUUGCACAUCCUCAGUGCCACCAUGCACUUCCAGAUCGCACACAUGCCCGACGAGAAGCUCAGGCUCCGGAUUGGUCUCCACACAGGUCCUGUGGUGGCUGGCGUGGUGGGACUCACCAUGCCCAGGUACUGUCUGUUUGGAGACACUGUGAACAUGGCAUCCCGAAUGGAAAGCAGCAGUUUGCCGUUCCGGAUCCACGUCUCUCAGAGCACUGCGGCUGCCCUGCUGGCAUUGGGAGGGUACGAUUUGCAAAAGAGAGGCACCAUUCCAGUCAAGGGCAAAGGAGAGCAAACCACUUUCUGGUUGAAGGGCAAAGAAGGCCUCCCUGUUCCAGUCCCCGAAUUUACUGAGGAAGAGGUUAACGACCCAGAGGCCUUGUGA